CAACAGAUUCCCGAGAGGAGGCUGUGCAGUUAUUACCGAAUUAUACAUGUCGCGCCUUUUCUGACGUCACUUCCUGCGCGCGGUCUGAUUUGGACGUUGUAUCAAUCUCACUGGGAAGCGGAGGUAAUAGCACGGGAUUUGCUAUUUGACUAUGUUUUUAGCCCGGCGGCUGCUUCGGACAGAUCUCCGGUGUCUGCCAUGUAACCGGGCAUUUAUUUCGGAGCAUUUGCCGGUGAUUCAGGUCCCCCGCCAGGCCCAGCUGCUCGCAGAGAGGAGAAGCCGGCAGACUGGCAGUAAGCGCGUGGUCACCCCCCAGGCUGGGAAGCUCCUAAUCAGGACCCGCAGGCAGGAGCUCAACCAGCCGGCAGGACAGACCUGCAGCCACUGGGAGCGGCCCGAGCUGGUCAGCAAGGGCUGGAAACACCGCCUAUCGCGGGGAGAUUACUUUAUCAUCGAGCGGCAGACGGCGGAGAGGCCCGGCCCGAUCAAAACCUCCACUUUCCAGGCCCUGGGGCUGGACCCAGCUUUGGUUAGCGCACUCUCUGCCUCAGGAGUGAAUAUCCCCACGUGGGUCCAGACGCAAGCCAUACCUACCCUGCUGUAUGGCAAAAAUCUGCUUUGUGCAGCCGAGACAGGAAGUGGAAAGACUUUGAGCUACCUCCUGCCUAUCGUUAACCAGCUCUGUACUGGCAAAAACACUUCUCAUGACCCUUUGAACCUAAUUCUUGUACCCUCCAGGGAACUUGCCAGCCAGGUGGCAUCUGUUGCCAGGAGCCUAUGUACGCCUUUGGGGCUGACUGUGAGUGUAGUGGGUGGAGGACAUGGCCUGGUAACAGUGGACAGACAGUUAUGCAAAGGACCCAUUGAUAUUUUGGUAGCCACUCCAGGUGCCCUGUGGAAGGCUCUGAAGAGGGACAGUGUAAGCCUGGCAUCAUUGAAAUGUAUUGUUCUGGAUGAGGCAGACACUUUGUUUGACAAUUCUUUCUCCAAAUUGGUGGAGGAUAUCCUAAUGCAGACUCGUAUUGCUACUUGUGAAAAAGACGUGCAUGGUGAGGAGAGCAAGGCCCAACUAGUGGUCGUGGGUGCCACUUUCCCCAGUGGUGUUGGUCAAGUUCUUGGCAAAAUGACUGACCUAGCAACCUUUGCCACUAUUAAAAGCAAGAGUCUCCAUUACCUGCUGCCUCAUAUACAGCAUAAAUUCCUAAAGGUGAAGGGGGCUGACAAAGUAUCAGAGUUGUUGACUAUUCUUAAGAAACAGGUUGCAGAGGGGCAAGGAUCAGGAGUUCUAGUUUUCUGCAAUAGUUCCAGCACUGUGAACUGGCUGGGCUAUAUUUUAGAUGAUCAUUGCGUUCGUCACUGGAGGCUACAGGGAAACAUGCCAGCAAGCAUGCGAACUGGCAUCUUUGAGGCCUUUCAAAAAGGACAAUCAAAUGUUUUGGUUUGUACAGAUGUUGUCUCUAGGGGCCUGGAUAGUCUAAAUGUAGAGGUCGUAGUAAAUUACGACUUCCCUGCAACACUUCAGGACUACUUGCAUAGAGCAGGCAGAGUUGGUCGACUUGGCAGUGAGAAACAGGGCCGUGUAGUGAGUUUUGUCACUCAUGCCUGGGAUGUGGAGUUGGUGCAGAAGAUAGAAAUGCAAACUCGCAAGAGGACUAGCCUUCUUGGCACCAAGUGUGACAUCAAUGAUACUGUGAAACGCACUUUAUAAAUAUUUAGAUCAAUAAAAAAUAUUGUUAUUGAAAAUUCUGAUUUGUUUUCAAAAGUUUGUUUUAUCACUGAAACAUACAGUAAACAUUUUCAUUGCUUUAUGAUCCUUAAAACUGAAGUUAAUUGGUCACCUAAAAUAAUAUUUAGCAACAAAACCAAAACUUUGUCAUUGGAUAAAAUCAAUAUACUUUUUUAUAUAUAUGUAUGUACUUUUAUAGCCUGUUCAAAGUGUUUAUCAUGACUCUGUAUGUAACCGUUCUUUUUAAGGAUCUUUGCAACCUGUUGCUGAAAAUUGGACAUAUGUGACAUUUUAGAUGUGUGGUUAAAAUGUUGUUUGACAACUUAAAUGUGGUCUGCUGGACUCCAGACACCUCCAUAAGUGCCAGAAACUCUCUACGCUUAGUGCUGUAGGGCUUUGCUCAUUGGCUGACAAUGAUCAGCUGUCACUCUAACAGUAACUGGUCCUGCAUGGUGGGGAAUAGCUCAGGAGAGCUAAUGAAAGCUUCGUCCAAUGGGUUCCAGCAGAGAAGGUGAACAGUUGGCUCCAGUUGUCAAGCUGUUUGCAAAAACAGUAGUGCAAACACAUUAAGGUGCUUGCAGUAGUCUUAUAAAUCCUGUAUACCAUGCAUUCGACCACUCCAUUUCAUUUUCUCGGCUUCAUUCUGCCGCUCCAUAUGUGUUUGUUCAUUCUCAAAAAAUCAUAUUUUUGGAGUUCGGUUCUCAUUUAGGCACUCCAAUUAAUUUGUUCAGCGACAUAGCAAAAUUAUAGGUAUAGUGCAUAACAGUAAAUGCUAUUUCAUUAACCGAUUUUGUUCAGUUUAAUUUGGCAUGAAAUAAAAUGUUUGUAGGGGUAUAAAAAAUUGUUUUUGGCCCUGUAAUGGCUUUUUAUGUUAUUACAUUUUAUGAACUUAUCUGGUAUAUGAGAUUAUUUCAACUUUUUUUUUUUUUUCUCUCUGCUCUUUUUUUUUUUCUCUCAAUCUAAUAAAACCAUCUUUAAGUCAUAAUACAACAGAAGGUCAGCGCUAAUCUACAAACAAUAAAAGAGCAGGCAGCAACCCUAGCAAAGGGGAUCCCUCUAUACCCUUCAACAAAGCAGAAAGAAACAGUACAAGAACGGUAUAGGGCUGUGCCUAUAUUAUGGAGUAUAAGUCCCAAAUAAAUGACACUGGAGCAGUAGAAGAAGGUCUCUUAGGUGGACUCUUCUUCCAGAGUGUUCGUGUAUAUAUUUAUAUAUACAUAGAGAGAGAGACAAGGAGAUAUGCGGGC